UUAGUAACCUGUCGACAACAACACGUUAGCAAAUGUGAGACCUGCUUAACACAAGCAUUUCUUUCGCUCUUCGACCCGUAACACGUCGCUCGGAAGUUUUCUGUAAAGUUUCUUUGAACAUUCAAAAAGAAGACAACAAAACAAUAUGCGUGAAUGUAUUUCUAUCCACGUUGGUCAAGCCGGUGUACAGAUUGGUAAUGCAUGCUGGGAAUUGUACUGCUUGGAACACGGUAUCCAGCCUGAUGGACAGAUGCCAAGUGACAAGACCAUUGGAGGUGGUGAUGAUUCCUUCAACACUUUUUUCAGCGAAACUGGUGCUGGAAAACACGUACCCAGGGCUGUCUUUGUCGAUCUCGAGCCCACUGUUGUAGAUGAAGUCAGAACUGGCACAUACAGACAGCUGUUCCACCCAGAACAACUCAUCACUGGAAAGGAGGACGCAGCCAACAACUACGCUCGUGGACACUACACCGUUGGAAAGGAACUCAUCGACCUUGUCCUGGACAGAAUCAGAAAAUUGGCAGAUCAGUGUACUGGUCUUCAAGGAUUUCUGAUCUUCCACUCCUUUGGUGGUGGUACUGGCUCUGGAUUUUCUUCCCUUCUCAUGGAACGUCUCUCAGUUGAUUAUGGCAAAAAGUCAAAGCUGGAGUUUGCCAUCUAUCCAGCACCCCAGAUUUCAACAGCUGUUGUUGAGCCAUACAACUCCAUCCUGACCACUCACACUACCUUGGAGCACUCAGACUGUGCUUUCAUGGUAGACAACGAGGCCAUCUAUGACAUCUGCAGAAGAAACCUUGAUAUUGAGAGACCAACUUACACCAACUUGAACAGGUUGAUUGGCCAGAUUGUGUCUUCCAUCACUGCAUCUCUAAGAUUUGAUGGUGCAUUGAAUGUUGACUUGACUGAGUUCCAGACCAACUUGGUGCCAUACCCACGUAUCCACUUCCCAUUGGCCACCUAUGCUCCUGUGAUCUCUGCUGAGAAGGCAUACCACGAGCAGUUGACUGUUUCUGAAAUCACCAAUGCCUGCUUUGAGCCAGCCAAUCAGAUGGUGAAAUGUGACCCACGUCAUGGCAAAUACAUGGCAUGUUGCUUGCUGUACCGUGGUGAUGUUGUGCCAAAGGAUGUGAAUGCAGCCAUUGCAACAAUCAAAACAAAGAGGACCAUCCAGUUUGUGGACUGGUGCCCAACUGGCUUCAAGGUUGGCAUCAACUAUCAGCCACCAACUGUUGUGCCAGGAGGCGAUUUGGCCAAGGUACAAAGAGCUGUGUGUAUGUUGAGCAACACAACUGCAAUUGCUGAGGCAUGGGCAAGGCUUGAUCACAAGUUUGAUCUGAUGUAUGCCAAGCGUGCCUUUGUGCAUUGGUAUGUAGGAGAAGGUAUGGAAGAAGGUGAAUUCUCUGAAGCAAGAGAAGAUUUGGCAGCUCUUGAGAAGGAUUACGAGGAAGUUGGUGUUGAUACAACUGGUGAAGAAGGAGAAGAAGACGAGGAAGAAUAUUAGAUGAUUUAAAGACAUCAUGAUUUGUCAUAAGCACUACCCUAUAUCUAUAUCACAUCUAUUCAUCUGUCAUUCAAUUCACCUGACAUUAUUGUGUAUCGGUUUUUCUGUGUAUGAAUCUUACGAAGUUUGAUUUUAUUUACGUGCCCUACCUAGUGAUUUUCGGUUUUAUUAGACAGGCUGUUUAAGUUUCCGUUGGAUGAAUUCCUCAAAUAAUAAUCCCUUCACCUAUACUCCCAUGUAUCAUCUGAUUGAGUGCUAUUUUAGUUCAAUUCCAUUUGCAAAUCAUUUUAAUUACCUCAACAAACUAGAACUCAAACAUUUUGUAAUCUAAUUUUUGCUGUUUAUUUUUUAAUUGUUGGUUGUUCAAAGCGACCCCUUCUAAUUCCAAUGCGAUCCAAAAAUUUCCGUUGGUGGAAUGACAGAAACCACUAGCUCGUGUCUAAGUGAUUAGGAUCUUUCAUAAUUCACCAUUCCUCGAUUGCCCUAUUAGUUAAUCAUUGACUCAACAAGGAAAGUCAUUCAGUAAUUUAGUUUCUCAGUCUACACAGUGCACUAGCUUUGCAUAGUAAAUUCGCACAAUGCAAUUAAUAUGUACACCAACUGUCUUUCAGUUCCACGAAAACUACCUUACACUCUUUUCCGGCUAACAGUGAGAUUUCAUAGUCAUAAGAAGAUAGCAGAUGAAGGAGCAGAUGAAUUAGAAUUUGAAAACAUCUGCUUAGGCGGCCUCCUUAGCAGCCUCCUUAGCGGCCUAUUUAUCUCAUUGCACCUCAUUGAUCAUUCCAUGUUUCAUUGUGAACAUAAACAGAACUGCUCUCGUUUUGCAUUGGAAAGGUUCAAGGAACAGGAACCUUCCUUUAAUGUUCAAAACACAUACCCAAUUUAUGCAUCUUGAGCGAAGCAUUUCCAGGCCGUUGAACAAGAUUAAUUCGAUAAAUACCUUAAUAUAUGCUAAUAUAAAAGACCAGGCCUCAUGUCUACAUGUUUGGUAAUCGAGAAAAGCGUUAUGUUUUAUUUAUAGGUCGGUCAAUAUCGACCAAAACAGGCAUCAAGAACGAUUUCCUUUCUCUUUUAUGAUGCAGCAAACUGUCUUCACAAUUUUGGCAAUUCCCAAGUUGCUUUCCCUAAGUAAUUUUGUUAGAAGUUGAGGUAGCAAGUUGUGCUCUUGAAAUCAAUGACGCAGUCUGUUUGUGGCUAGAUAAGGAGGUAUUGUUCACCUUUAACUAAUUCCUCGAAAAGUAUUCUAUUUUACUGAUCGCCUUUAUUCCUUUUUCAACUCUUAGAAGCAACAGUGUAUCAGAUUACUACCUUGUCGAAUUUUCUUUCUCUCUAUUUGGCUUUUUCUUCAUAGCUAGCAGAAAGUUCCGGUGUCAUAUGCGUUUCGGUAACCUUAUGCAUUUCGGUCCGGGUACGCAGACGGAUGACAAUUUUGCUUAUGCAAAAAACGUACCUAAGCACUUAAACAAUAGGGUACCAAAACGAACGGUGGAACUUAGCAUCCGAACCUGUCCGGGUACACAAAUGUUCU